AUGCAGUUUGUACGCGCCUUCUUCAAACGGAUCACAGAUGAUCUCAAACUUAAAAAACUUAUACCUCUCAAAAUAUUGUUUUUUGUACAUGCUUCUACGCUGUUUGUUCUAUAUCCAUAUUUGACAAUACACAUGCGAGAAUUGGGCAUCAAUGUGGAGGAGACUGCUAUUAUGUCAGCAGUGACGCCGGUCAUCUCGAUCGUGAUGCCGCCGCUUGCUGGUAUGUUGGCAGAUAAAAUAGGCAAUUUCAGGCUGCUGCUAGCCUUAUCUUCGGUAUUAGGUGGUCUCUCAGCAUUAUUAUUACUGACGGUCCCCGUAGGUCGCAUCACUGUGACGUUCCCACCCGCUGUAGAUUUGAUUACUUCCUGUGAUGGAUCUGCGUUAUAUCUGCAACAAGUUCGCGAAUAUCCAUGCGGCCCUCUCCACCCUUAUGCAUACGAUGUAAACCUUACUCUUUUAUCGUGUGGUUUUAUUUGUGAAUUGCCACAUCAAGUUUCUACAGAAGAAAUAGACUCUAUUAUUCACGCCCAUUCGUAUGAUGUACAUUUAAAAUCGCCUACUGCAUCACAGCGUCUUGUUUAUCGCAAUACAAUAUCGGCUCUUCUAGACCAUAGAGAAAAACCGAUGAAAGAGCAUAGUACCUCCCGAAUUUUGAAUAAUGAUCCUUACUUUAAUUCGACAACAUCUCGAAUUGGUGAAAAUAAAAUAUUCUUUCCAACACCACAAUUAUAUGAAUUGAGCUGUUCAUAUAUUGGAAAAAAUGCCACCUGUGUAUUCGAUAAAUCUGAUUUUGUAGACGAUUCUAUCGAAGAAGUUACAGAAGCGUUAUUUCGAAUAAGAGUUUCUCACGAUGCCCAAAAAAAUUCUGUUGAGGUACGAAAUUAUUGGGUGAAUGCGAUAUCUGUAAACAACACUACUGGAGCAGAUGAUGAUUAUGAUGGUGUCGAUUCGAUUACUUGCAUCGAUAAUUUAGCUCAGGUAUAUGACGAUUCAGUUUGGGUGAAAGCUGGUGCGCUACGCCUGGCACAGUGUUCCGCGGCGUGUGCCGCCACCGCGCCUCGGAAGAGUCUCUGUGACAACCAUCAACAGCAAAUAGAACUUGAUCCCGUUUUUACUUUCUGGACUUAUUUAGCUGUCCGUGUAUUUGUUGGUAUAAUCAGUGGAACAGCGUUUGCGAUGUUUGAAGGUGCUGUUAUUGCAAUUGUGAGAGAUCAAAGAGCGGAUUAUGGCCUUCAAAGAGUGUACGGUAGUAUCGGAGGUAUGAUCUCGUCGCCGCUCUCUGGGCUGCUCAUCGACUAUGCGAGUAGAGGCAAAGGUUACACCGACUUCAGACCGGCUUUUUAUUUAUAUGCAGUUUUAAAAGUUGUUUCUGGUGUCCUGAUGUUGAGUAUCGACCUGGAGUUCAAACAGCCCGCAAAGAAUAUUCUAGACGAUGUUAUUUCAGUAUUUCGUAAUAUAGAACUCGUUGCUCUGUUCAUAGCAUGUUUCAUUAUGGGCACAGCUUGGGGCUAUAUUGAGAGUUUCCUUUUUUGGUUGCUACAAGACCUUGGCGCGUCCCGGUCUCUGAUGGGUAUUACGAUCACGGUCGGCGGCGUCGCCGGCUUGCCUUUACUGGUACUUUCGGGUCCAAUCAUUCAAAAGCUCGGUCAUGCCAAUGUUCUUUUUAUCGGAUUUGUUUUCUAUGCUAUUAGGCUUCUUGGUUAUUCUUUAAUCUACAAUCCAUGGCUAUGUCUUAUUUUUGAGGCACUAGAGUCUGUGACGUCAUCGCUGUCCUUCACAGCGGCCGUCACUUACGCUGCAAGACUCUCUUCCACCACUACCGACACUUCAGUGCAAGGUUUACUAGGAGGACUGUAUUAUGGAGUUGGUAAAGGUUCUGGCAGCUUAAUAGGUGGAUAUUUAAUGAAAUUCUUCGGAACGCGACCGACGUAUCAAUUAUUUGCUGCUGCUACUUUUAUCACUGGGUGUUUCUACUAUCUCUUUAAUCAGUUUUACAUACGCAAAAGAGCUAUGGGCGACGAAAAUGACCUUUGCAAGAAAAAGCCAGCCAUUUUAGAUGCUGAGAAACGAGAGAAAAUUAAUCCGACAAUAGAUGUCGCUACUGAGAAUGAAGUCAAUAAAAUAGAGACGUCGAAAGCGACAAACCCACAAAUAAAGCUCGUGUCAGACAGCAUAGAUGGCAGCAGUGACUCUGGAGUCGACAAUCCAGCAUAUAAUGACAAUGUAGAGACGACAGUGAAUGACAAAAAAAAUGAUGACAAAACUAAAAUU